CAAAAGCGGAAGUAAAUAGUCGAACAGGCACGCGAGCUACCGCGGAGCGUAAAUGAAGUGAUAUGUUCGGCGUGCAAAUCACUUGUAUUUUUUAACUGCGCAAUUUUAAUUGUAAUCUUGAGUCGAACUUGUGAAAUCGGUUGGCAUACAGGUGCACGUGAGUCGUCAAUCCGUAACACUCACAGUACGGACGUCCGACAGCACGUUUCGCGGCCUGGGACUUGUGCUAAGUCGACCAGCAUUGUUGCCGCUGAGUUGAGCUAACGGCGCGUUUAGCAUCUUAGCUUCAACUAAAUGCUAAAGUGGCUACUUUACUUAAGCGAAUGUUCACUAUUCAUCUCGGCGUUUAAUUAAUCGGUGACCCAAAAUAAAUUCCGGCUGGAUCUAAAAUGAUAAUAGAAAAUCUGGAUGCUUUGAAAACAUGGCUGUCUGACACGCUCGAGCCCAUCUGCGACGCUGACCCCUCAGCACUCGCCAAGUAUGUUGUUGCCCUGGUGAAGAAAGACAAAACUGAAAAAGAACUCAAAGCCUUGUGUAUUGACCAGUUGGACGUGUUUCUCCAGAAAGAGACCCAGCAAUUUGUAGACAGGCUGUUUGAAGCUAUAGUCAACAAAAGCUAUCUGCCGCCGACGGAACCACAACCCACCUUGGCCAAAGUUGAGAAAGAUGAGUCGAAAAAAGAGGAGGCAAACCGAGAAGAAGAACGUGACAAAAAGUUCUCUCGGCGAGUGAAUAGCAGCCCUGCAACAUCGAGUUCCCGCUACAGUAGGGAUAGCAGGAGAGUAGACGAUCGUAAAAGAGAUGACCGGUCCAGGAAGAGAGAUUACGACCGCAAUCCACCCAGAAGGGACUCCUACCGCGAUCGCUACAAUCGGCGGAGGGGUCGUAGUUACAGCCGUAGCCGAAGUCGGAGUUGGAGCAAGGAUCGUACUCGAGACCGAGACAGAGACAGGAACCGAGAUAGAGACCGGGACAGAGACAGGGACCGGGAUCGAGCCCGAAGCGGAAGUCCCUCUCACAGCAGAACUCGGUCAAGAAGUAGGAGUAGAGAGCGGGAUCCCGGGAAGUUGAAGUAUGAUCACGAUCGAGUGGACAGGUUGGACGGUUCCGAGAGUUACACCCCGGCUGCUCUUGCUUCCACUGCUACCACUUCCCAUUUUCCCGUGCCCACACUGAGCAGCACCAUCACGGUCAUCGCGCCCACUCAUCAUCACAGCAACAACACCACUGAAAGCUGGUCGGAUUUCCGCCCUGAGCACCCCGUGGAUCGCGGCCCUUUCAGAGGACCCCCUCCUCAACCGAGGAAACGCUGCCGUGACUAUGACGAGAAAGGCUUCUGCAUGAGAGGAGACAUGUGUCUUUUCGACCACGGAAGUGACCCCGUUGUAGUGGAGGACGUUGGUCUGCCCAAUAUGAUGCCCUUCCAACCUCCACCCAUCCCAGGCGUGGAGGGCCCUCCGCCCCCAGGCCUUCCGCCUCCACCACUAAUGAACCCCUCGUCUGUGAAUCUGGGGCCUCCUGUCCCCCCGCCUGGCACAUUGCCGCCGAGCCUUCCACCAGUUGCAGGACCACCUCCUCCUCUUCCUCCACUUCAACCAUCUGGAAUGGAUGCACCUCCAAACUCCAUAACAAGCGCCGUUCCCACAAUUGUCACUUCUGGUAUACGCUCUUCAGUUCCCCAAAGGCCGACACCACUUUUCCCCUCCGAUACGUACGAGACUGAUGUGUACAACCCCGAGGCUCCCAGUAUCACUACGGGCACCAGGCCAAUGUACCGCCACCGGGUCAAUGCCCAGAGGCCCAAUCUGAUUGGCCUCACGAUGGGGGAUGUGGACCAGCCGCAGAAAGACAAGGUUCCAAACAACAGUAUGAGAAUCGUUAUGGAUUCGGGCCUGAGGAAGAGACCUUCCGGUUUGCAUGAUGGAAGCAUUCUCCACAAGAAACCUUGGUUUGACAGACCAAACUACAACAAACCCAACCACCUGGGCUACCACAGAAGAGGUCCCUUCAACUCUCCCAACACCAAGCUGCUCGUUCGGCAAAUUCCCUCCGAACUCAACAACAUCAGCAAACUGAACGAGCAUUUCAGCAAGUUCGGAACCAUCGUCAACCUGCAGGUGGCUUACCAGAAUGACCCCGAAGGUGCAUUGAUCCAGUUUGCGGCCCCAGAUGAGGCCAAGCGGGCCAUCCAAAGCACAGAGGCUGUCCUCAACAACCGCUUUAUCCGGGUGCAUUGGUUCCGGGAGAACGGAAACGACGGACUAGGACAGGGUCUGUCUCACGUGCAGCAGUUGCAAUCGCAGUCGGCCAUGCAGCCUCCGGCGACUUCGUUGAAGCAGUCUGUCAAAGAUCGCCUCGGGCCUCUUCUCCCUGCUAACUCUGAGCCUUCGCAGGACUCCAGCGUAGCUUCUCAGAAUCCCACUAAAGUCUCAGUGAAGGAGCGUCUGGGUUUCGUCGCCAAACCUGCGGGUCCCGUUGAGAAGGUGUUUUCAACUUCGGCGGGACUCUCAAAGACGGUAUACAAUCCCGCGGCCUUAAAAGCGGUCCAAAAAAACACAGAGGACUCUUUGAAGAAGAAACAGGAAGCCCUAAAGCUACAGCAAGACGUACGGAAGAAAAAGCAGGAAAUACUGGAGAAGCACAUUGAAACGCAGAAGCUGCUGAUCUCCAAACUGGAGAAAAACAAAACAAUGAAAGCAGAGGACAAAGCCAAGAUCAUGGAAACGUUGGGCACCUUAACCAAGAGCAUCACCAAACUGCAAGAGGAAAUCAAAGGCAUCUCAACCAGCAGCAUCAGCAGCACUCUAGUGGUACAGCACACAGUCAAGAGCAAGGCCCAGGCGCAGAGAGAACUGCUUGAUGCAGAGUUAGAUCUGUACAAGAAGACUCAAGCUGGAGAGGAUACUGCUCUGCUGAAGAUCAAAUAUACCCAACUGCAGAUAGAAGCUGCCAAAAGAGGACUGCUGACACCGGGACGAGGCCGCGGGGUCUCAUCUCGAGGACGUGGCGCUCCAAGGGCCCGCGGUAGAGGCGCCAGAGGACGAGGAAGAGGCGCUCCCCUGCACGCAGUUGUGGACCACCGACCUAGAGCGCUGGCGAUUUCUGCUUUCACUGAGACAGAGUGUGUCGACCUGCUGCCACAUUUUGCUCAAUUUGGAGAAAUUGAAGAUUGCCAGAUUGAUGAAAACACCUUGUCUGCAGUCAUCACCUACAGGACAAGAGCAGAGGCUGAGCAGGCAGCCAUCCACGGCUUCAAGUUGAACAACCGAAUUCUACGCCUGGCCUGGCAUAAGCCUGCCAUGACGCUGAAUGCUUCUGAUGUACAUGAGGCUGAGCCAGAGGAGGAUGAGUACCCAGAAGAGUCACUGAGCGAUGAAGCCUUGCUGCAGGACGACGACGAAGAAGAGGACGACAACGAACCUCGCUCUUGGCGCAGAUGAAGAUGAUCCCCGAUGUUCUUUCACAGCUGAGUGCAACGAUGACCAGAUGUCCUGCAAUUUAUUUAUUUUAAUGCCUGUUUAUAAAUCUGACAAGGCACGUUAGCUUGGCGUCACACUGAUGUAACUGGCUGAAAAAGAAAAAAAAAAAACAUGCAACUUUGAUUCAUUUUUAAUAUGUAAUUCCAGAUGCAACUUUUUUUUUUUUUAAUGCUCUUAAUGUAGAAUUGUUUUUGUUUUCUUUUGUAAUAUGAUAACUGAUUUGUCUGGACAUGUGACAGCUUGCUGAAUUAUCAGUUUGAAAAAAUACACCCUGUAUUACUGUUUAACAAAUUGACAGACUAUAAAGUUUUUGCAGAAUAGUGUUA